AUGAAAAUGCAUGAGUGUCCACAUGUUGACUGUAAUGCGACCAUGCGUGGCAAAAGGGAAUAUGACGAACAUUUCAAAACGUACCCUAAACCAUUUCGCUAUCAAUGCAAACAUCCCGAUUGUGGAAAAGAGUUUCACCAAUCAUCAUUAUUUUUCCAGCACAAGAAAUUCUGUCAGCACAAAUCUAAGAGCCAAACGGAAGAUAACCCGCAGUUGAAACAUUCUUUGGCAGACACACGAAAUCAUCACAUUGCCGGUCAAAGUUCAGUGGGUCAACAAGAUCGCUCAAGUGACGAGUGUCCAUUAGUAAGGUUGAACGUCUUCGAUGACGCCGAUGGUAGCAUCUUCGACGGUCCUAACAUCCCCGGCGAUGUUGUUGUUAACGUCGAAAAUAUUAACAUGGACGAUGGUAACAUCUUCACACGAAACCAUUAG